UUAUCCACAACAUUUUAUUUCUGGACUGCACCGGGCCGGGCGAGUGACCGAGAUCGAGCCACUGGCGGGCACAACAAACGGAGAACGAGUGACAGGACAGCGAAAGGGUGGCCCAUCGACCCGACCCGGCUCCGCACCCGACCGUCCACUGCGAACAAAACGAUCGAGACUCAGCUGGCACCACCCCGACACGGGUUCCGUGAAGUCGUCAUCUGGCUAGCUCAAAGACGUUCCGUACACCGCCCAUCAACCCCCCUCUCCCGCCCUCCUUCAUCAGACGGACAUCGCCCGAACAUCUUGCGCUCAACUCCAGCGCACUUUGAGGCCCAGUGCACCCGACGUGCGAGACACCCCACCUACCGCAUAGUACAUCCCUCCAUCCUCCACCCUGGAUCAGUCGGACCUUUCAACGGGCGCUCCAGCUCAACUUCACAGCAGUGUAAACACCAUGGAGCAUGAGGCCAUAGGCCCGGCAUCAGAUGCGGUCUUUGAUCCGGCUACUGCACCCGCUGCUGCCCCAGUCCCCGUCCCGACUGAGCCGCACGACGAUACUCUCGGCAGCAUCGAGAGCGCUGUACACCAUACCGUGCCAGACCAAAAUGUACACGACCACAACGGAUACCACUACGAACAGCACCACAUUCCAUCACAGCCGUUCGAUCACGGCGUAAACAAUUCUCCUCGCUCGCAUUACCCGCCCGAUCACACAGAAGGCGAGCCGACAGCCCGAUACGCGACCCCGCCGAUUCCAGCGCCAUCGGUAUCCCGUCCACCAUCCGGCCUCUCGGGACAAGGCGGGGCUUACGGAGCGGACCAGGCCUCGAGGGCAGGCAGCAACGGAGCACCGGCGGAGCAGCAGAACGGGCGCAACCAUGUGGUGAUCAAGGUUGGCAUGGUGGGCGAUGCCCAGAUCGGCAAGACAAGUCUGAUGGUCAAGUACGUUGAAGGUAGCUGGGACGAGGACUACAUCCAGACACUGGGCGUCAACUUCAUGGAGAAGACCAUCAGCAUCCGGAACACCGAGAUCACCUUCAGCAUCUGGGAUUUGGGCGGCCAGCGCGAGUUCGUCAACAUGCUACCACUGGUAUGCAAUGAUGCUGUGGCGAUCCUGUUCAUGUUCGACCUUACACGGAAGAGCACGUUGAACAGCAUCAAGGAGUGGUAUCGCCAGGGGCGAGGCUUCAACAAGACGGCCAUUCCCGUUCUUGUGGGCACAAAGUACGACCACUUUGUGAACCUGUCUCGCGAGGAACAGGAGGAGAUUUCGAACCAGGCUCGGCGCUUCGCCAAGGCGAUGCGCGCAGCACUGAUCUUCAGCAGCACCAGCCACAGCAUUAACGUCCAAAAGAUCUUCAAGAUCGUGCUCUCCAAGGCGUUUGAUUUGAAAUGCACCAUCCCCGAAAUAACCAAUGUCGGUGAGCCAUUGCUCAUUUACCAGUCAUGCUGAUCACUGGCUGGCGGCAUCUGCCCUGAACCACAUCUUGUACGGGUUACCGAAAACUAUCAACAAUACAGCCCGCCCUGCCUACUUCCCGGGCCGCGGGUGAACCACAGCACUGGGCAGGAUGACUUGGCCAGAUUGAAUCGGACUGGGAUAUCCGAUAAGGUCAGAUAUACUGGCCCGUAGCAUCACUGCCGGUCCCCGGAAGGGCGCUAGAGACUGCUUCGAGACUCGCCUCUCAUUGCGCUUUCAUUUGUACUUGAACAACCAAGGGGAACGGUCGAGACACUGCCGUUGGAAGCCUCAACAUGCCUGGCUGGAGUUGCAAAGAACAUGGAGAGUGGGACUCAGCAGCUGCAUUGGAGGAUGCGGUGUCCUGGAGUCAGAGGUAAGGGAAAUGAGAUAUUACCGGGACGGGAAAACUGGGCUCCCCGUCUUACCGGUCUUCUGGUGUGCAGCACACUAGUGGAGGG